AUGGCUCCCGCCUACCAUCAAGGAGAAUUCCAGGGCAAAUGGACCGCUCAACCCAUCAUUGUGGUCACUUGCAUGACCCUGUCCCUCUAUAACUGUUUGGAACUGCUCCUCAUCAUCUUCACCACCUUUCGAGAAUGGCGCGGCCUCUACUUUGUCUCCCUGGUUGUCGCCUCGAUCGGGAUUGUUCCCUAUUGCGUCGGCUAUAUCCUGGAAUACUUCGCAAUCACCGCCUUCUGGGCCUGCAUGAUGCUAGCCACGAUCGGCUGGGUCAUGCUCAUUACGGGUCAAGCAUUUGUCCUUUAUUCCCGACUGGGACUGAUCCUGCAAAAUGAGACUGUCCUGCGCGCGAUCAAGUGGAUGAUCAUCGUCGACGCUCUCAUCUUCCACACGGCCACCACGGUGAUCCAGUACGGCAAGAGCUAUGGCAGUGAACAGCCCGCAUUCACCCGAGCGCUCUUCUACAUGGAAAAAAUCCAGAUGACCGGCUUCUGCAUCCAGGAAUUCAUCAUCUCGGGGAUAUACCUGUGGAAGACGGUCCAGCUUCUCAAGCUGAUAUCGCGAAAGGGCACCCGUCGGGUCAUGUACGAGUUGUUCAUUAUCAACACCAUAAUCAUCUUGAUGGAUAUCGCAUUGUUGGCCCUGGAAUACAAAGGGUUGAGGUCGAUGGAGAGAGCGUUCAAGUCGCUCAUCUACUCGUGCAAACUCAAGAUGGAAUUUGCCGUCUUGGGGAAAUUGGUCAACCUGGUGCAAUCGAGUUCCCGGACAUUAUCCAACGCCCUUGCCGACGUGGAUUCCUUUGUGUCUCCCUCGACCGCCAGUUACCGUCAGCCAAUUUUGGCCGAAAGCGAUCCGGUACCAGACUGGAUGGCAAAACUUGAGAAUCGUCCUACCAUGCACAUUGAGAACGUGGAAGCAGAAGGACGAGGGCUGUCCGUUUGA